CAUUGGCGCAUGCCCAACGUAGAAGUCUUUCUUUUCGUCUUCACCUUCUAUGCAAGAUGGCGCAGAGAGUUACCUUUCGACGCCGUUUGAGCUAUAACACACAGAGCAACAGAAGGAGGCUCUCGAAGACCCCAGGUGGACGUUUAGUGUACCUCUAUCACAAGAAGCAGGGAACCGUUCCAGCAUGCGGUGACUGUCAUAAGAAGCUUCAAGGGAUUAAGGCUAUGCGCCCUAAGAAGCUCGCUUCAGUCUCGAGGCGUCAGAAGACCGUUUCUCGAGCCUAUGGUGGCUCUCGAUGCGGCCGAUGCGUCCGCGAGAGAAUCAUCCGCGCUUUCCUUAUUGAGGAGCAGAAGAUCGUUGCUCGCGUGGUGAAGGCCAACAAGAAGCAGUAACUCUAUUCUGUACCAUUAAAUCCUUCGCUCUGUCAA